CAAUAACGCAAUACUUACAGCUGUACACAGACGCUAGUUUUUAACGCGAGGCACAAUGCAUAAUGCCUCAGGCAUAGUCAAACAGCGAAAGUGCACUGCAUGCCAGCUCUUCACGCACUCAAAGCCUUGCAUCCACACCAACAAUAUCCUAACACACAUGCUGCAAUUACAUAGCAAUUGCCGCCGUAGUAACAUAGCAAUGUAUUUAUCUGGACAUAGUAGGCUGCAAGGGUGCAUUUGCGAGUUGACAAGGCUGCAAGCCUGUGCAUAUCGGCCCCGGGUUCCGGCUGCAGACGGACCUGUGUAUGCCCUAUGGCCCUCUGGGCUCUGGGUUCGCCACUCGUACAGAAUAUUAUUAUUAUUAUUAUUAUUAUUAUAGUAUCCAGGUGACCUCCAGGGCCUUGAUGGGGCACACUAUCAAAGAUAAACGUCAUGAUAUAUUAGCCAAUGUCUCGCACGAGUAUAUUCAACCUGCCACCACCAUGUUGCUCAUGUGAUAACCACAAUGUCACUUCCAGCACUCCCUUGCGGAAUACUAAGCAAACUCCAUAAUUC